GCAAUGGAGUCAAAAUUUGCCGCGGCCUUGUGACAAUACGCAAGGGAUGUAGAUAUAUUUGAGUUUUUGCAGCAAUAUCUUCCGCUACAAUGACUGGAUAUAUGUCAAGUUACUCGUUUGCUUAUACGAUGUUGACAACAUAUUUCUAGAGCUAUAUACUCCAUUACUACGAGAAAUGCGCGGAAAAGAUCUUAAUCCAGCAUCUGUCUAACACUAUCGAUGAAUGGAGAUGGACUAAUGCUGCUGAGGCUUUGCAUUCGUCUCAUAGGAAUAGAAUGGAUACGCCCCAACUUGACCCAUAGUCGAGAUUCAUUCCGACAAUGUUUGCGUCUGCAGGCUUACGCAAGGACGACUUAUCGAUAUCAUUGAAGCUUUUUGAGGUUAUCAUUACCUUAUGGAUUGAAGCAUUCUACCUAUAUCUAAUCGUGAGUCGGCCUUUCCUCCCGUUCGUCUGGUCUGCUAAGAAGCAUGGUUCAGAUAUCAACAUAUGCCAUCCUAAGAGCUUGUGUUCGCGCGCCCGUGUCCGAGAUUCUGCAUAGAGAAAUUGGAGAUCCGAGGCAACACUGUACGAGAAUCUCGAUAAAUUACCUCGGUUGCACAAACUUCUGUUGAGGCCACGGAAGAGAGCGGUUCCUUUCAAAGUGAAAGUCAAGUUACUGGAUCCGAUUGAUACAUCCUUCUUGCUGCGAAAGUAGUUCUUGCCAUUCUUCUGAAUAAUUCCAGUAUCCUGCUUGCGGAGGAGACAUUUCGGCGAUUUGAACAAAACACAGAGGUGUUGUAUCAUCUGAGGUUAGAAUCCUGGUCCGGGACAGAAACUUAUAUGGAAGAAGAUUUUCAGUAGAUAGAUCGAGCAAUGCU